AUACGUAAAUUUAUAAAUUGGCUUUGGCAAUACUCUGAAUCGGCUUACCACCACACUUCAUCGUCUGAUCACGAAAACUUAUCGAAAACGUAUCGGAUGAUUGAAAAUUAUAAGAGGAAGAUAACGCGCAAAUAUAGAAAAGAAAAGUAGAAUUUUAAACCCAAAUAUGACUGAGUGGGAUUUUAAGGAGCUACGUGCUAAGCUGGACGUUAUGGGCUUCACCCAAACAUUACCAGUACUAGCAAUUCCGCUGGUUGGAGCCAUUUUUGGCGAUCUAGUAAAAACCACGGAAUGCCUCCGUGAUACAAAAAAACAAGUUGUUGAGCUAUUAGAGGAAAAAGCAUGCUGGGAAUUGGGAGUUGAGCCCUAUAAAUGUGACAAUACGCGUUUACUGGCCGAGUGCAAUGAGUUGCACUUGAAGAUUCUUGAGGAGCGAGAAGGCUACGAACUUCGGCUUUGUGAGGCUGAGAGGCGAAUACGCAAUCUGCAGACUGACAGUGAUCAUUUGCAGAGCCAUAAUGCCCAACUCCAAGCUCAACUGGAUACGUUCCUGUCAAAGCAAAUAAUCAAUGCAUCAUCUGGUAAACGAACGCCAACUGAAGUGAAGAAAAGAAAGCCAUUUAUUACAACCGUACGCUCAGGAGAAGUGCUGCCUCCUUCGAAUGCUACAGCAACGAUUCCUUCAUUAAAAUGUACAAAGUGUAAUGCCGGAGUGAUUCAAAGGUGUGCAGUUAGCUCUAAGGAAGGCGUUACCGCCCCGUCAGAAGAGGUGACCAGACUCGAAAACGAGCUAGCGAGUGCCGGGGAGCAACUAGAGUUUUUUAAACGGAAAGUGGAGUCGCGGAACCGGGAGAUUCGACGAUUGAAUGGUUUGCUCUCAGGCGGCCGUCCGCCCGCAGUGCUAGCAAAGGAAUGCUGCUACAAGGAAGUCGGCGCACUCUCAGAAGACAUUGACCUCCUACAGCGCGAAAAGACGGAGCUGAUGACGCAGGUUAGCGAGUAUCAAGAUAAGAUGCACGAUGCUAUGCAGCGUGCGUUGCGUCUGGAGGAGGAAAAACAAAGACUGCAAACGAAUCUGUGCGAGUUAAAGGAAGCUGCCUUGCAAGUAGAGGACCAAGCCAAUUCUGAAAUUGAUGCGAAAGAAGCGGAGCUAAGGCAGCUUCAAAUUGAGCUAGAGAAACUGCAGAAGCGUAACGAUAAAAGAUCCAAAGGACGACAAGCUGCCGGAUACGAUAAAUCAACACUCCAUGAUGACAAACAUAUGCUCAAUGAGAAGAUUAAUGUGUUGACGCGCCGUGAGGAAGAGCUACAAAUAGUUAUUGAAAAGCUUAAAAAGAAGCUACACAAAGUGGAGAGCAAAAUGUCAGCUACGCAAAAAGAGCUGCAAGAACAGGUACAACAAAACAGUGUGACACUGGACGAGGAGAAAAUUCGACUUAAGUCAGAGCGAGACUUCUUCCAGAAAGAGUAUCUACGGCUCAUGGGCAAAUCUGGCUCGGACUCCGAGAUUGCAUUUUUACACGCUCAAAUCAAAUCAAAGGACGAGGAGCUACAUGUCUUGCGCUCUGAGCUUUGCAUGCUGUCAACGGCAAAGCUGCAGCUAUCACCUCGAAAAAGUGAAAACAUAUCGCCACCCACGGUUAGCAGCACAUAUAGCCCUAGUAAUCGCAGUGACUGCGUUCAGGCUGCGAUUGCUCGGGUUGAGCGCGAGCGCGAUUGUGCGCGUGUUGAGCUCGAGCGUAUGCGUUGCGAGCGAGACACGCUGCGGGAGAAACAGUUGAGCAGCGUGCAACUUCACGCUGAGGAAUUGCAGACGCUGCGCGUUCGUAAUGAGGACUUGCAGAAUCGCAUACGCCAACUAGAGCGAGAGUAUCGCGAGGUAAACUCGGCCCGCAUUCCCACUGAAACACAAAAUGCUCUCUUGAAAGAAGACGUAGCUGAGCUGAAAAAGCGGUUAUCGGAGCUGCAGACCGAUACAGAGAAUUUGAGAAGGGAGAACGGGCAAAUAACUUUGAUAAACGAACAAAAUGAACGCAUUAUAGCCGAAUAUCGAAGUAAGCUUAUGCUAGCAGAGCGCCAAGUGCACAAGGCAGAUGUGCGUGUCAGCACAUUGGAUUCUAGUCGCGAAUCGAAUCGCAAUGAGGCGAAUCAAUUGCGUACCGAGAUGGCCUCAUUACGUCAGACUUAUAUUACCCUUGAACAUGAGAAGGAUUCACUAGUGAACCAAUUGGAUAAUAAAACUGAGAAGCUCUUCAAAUUAGAGGUCGAGCUCAAAGAUUGUAAGGAUAAACGAAACGCACUGGAGCAAACGGUUAGAGAACUGGAGUCUAAAGUUAACAAUCUGACCGCAAGAACACGACAACGUGACUCGGAGUUGAAUGAGACGUCGGCGGAAAGCAAAACACUGCGGCAGCAGAUUGCGGCACUAAAAGUCAGUCGCGACGAAGCGAUUGCGGAAAACGGACGCCUCACGGACAAAUUGAGUAAUGCCCUGGCAGAAACGAGGACGCUGCAAAAUAAGCUCAGUGAGUCGGAGCAGCAGGUGGCUAAUAUGAAACAGAAGCUAUCUAAAUAUGUCCAGGAGGUGAAAAGAGCCGAAGAUUUGCUUCUGGAAAAGGUACACUUUAUCUUAAAGGAAAAGGAGCGCGAGGAAUUGCUAGACUGCUAUCACAACUUGACACAGGACCAAGUUCUCUUGGAGGGCAACAAUCACAGCCUGGAGGUUGAGGCGAAUGAAUUCAAGCGGCAAAUCUGCGAACUGGAGUUUGAAGUACAUUCACUCAAGGAGCAGCUGCAUUGCCGACAGUGCACAAUUGAUGAGCUGGAGAUGCAACUAACUGCCGCUCGUACUCGAAUACGGUGCUUAGAGAGCAACGCGCGAGAGCAGAAAAUAGAACUGGAGGUGCGAAAGGAGCUAUGUGAUAAACUGGAUAUAGAAAAAGAGAAGUUAAAUGCCGAGCUCAACGAAUUAAAUGAAAUUCGCAAUAAGCUGGAUAAAGAGUGCGAAAAACUGCGUGCCGAAUUACAGCAAAAGUCUGAAUUAAAUCAUAUAAACACUGAGACUAGAGAGCAACUGUUGGAUCGCAUCCGCGGCGAGCGGCAGCGCCAAGAUGAGGCAGAGGUAACCACGAACUGCGAGAUGGAGCGACUGCGGCAGUUACAUGCAAAGACACUGACAGAGCUUCAAGAAGAGCGGGAUCGUUGUCACAAACAGGAACGGCUUGCUAAUGAGUACGAGCAGCAGGUUCGGGAAUUACGCAAGAAUUUGACUGAGGAUCGCUUCUGUCAGGCGCGCACAAGGGAAAUCACCCCCAGGGUUCAAGAAGAACCGAUGUAAAAUUGUAUUGGUUAUUAUUUCAUCUUUGUAGUUGACAAAUUUUUUACGUUUCAGUGUGUCAUUAAUGAAUUUACAACACGACCCUAACGACUAAUGUAAUGAUUUCAAUAUCUAAAACUGAAUAAUU